GAUCAAAACUACAGCAUCUUUAUGGGUUCGGGAAACUAAUUUCUUGGCGUGAUUUCUAGUAUUAUUUAACGGUUACUAUAUGACGUACACGUCGGUAUACUUAAAGCGUCAGAACAUCAGAAAUUCACCAUUCGUCGAAGUGCCGCAUCGGCACGCAGCACGGACCAAAAAACAGAAAAGCUUAUUCGUCAAAACAAUAAACAUUUUAUUAGGCAUUCAAUCUUCAAGUUAUAAUCGCGUAACAUUCAACAAAACGUAUGUACAAUUGCAGUAUUUGAACAUUGAAACAGCCAUACGAAUCAUGUACAAUGGCUUCACUUUUUAAUAAAUACUCACAUUCAAUACGGCGAGGAAAAGCAAUCACGUCGGACUCAAACUUCAUAACUCGUUACAAAAUAGGAACAAAGAACGACUUCCUUCACGCUGUUCAUUGACCAAAAACAAGCAAGUGAGAGAAACUACCACUAAGCUAAAGCACGAACAAAUAUAACAUUUAAAACGGCAUCUUGCAGCUUUUCAACCUCGCAUGUUUACAUAUGGCUUCAUCAAAAGAAAAAUCUCUCAACAGGUCCCUUUCGAUCGACAUGAUGGCUAAGGAGUUCAACUUCCUCUCGCCGAGAGUGGAGCACAAGCAGUUUUUAAUUAACGACAGUUUUGAAAAGGAGCGCUCAGUGUCGCAGUUUGUUACAGGAAUAGUUAGGUAUAACCUAAGAGCAAUGGAGACAUUUGGAAAAACGCAUACAAUAUAUCUUUUUGCUCUAACAUUUUGAGCAGACCACUCGCGCUUCUGUCAUGGAAACUGGAACUCUCCAGGUACUGAAAGAACUGGACUACUUCAGCGGAAGAAGUCGAGUCAAGAUUGCCCUUGUACGCUUCCACUAAUCCACCAGCUUGAUUGACCAAGUCGUCAUCGCAAUGAACUUCCCGGAGAAGCGCUAUGCACUGAAAUUUCUGACAGAGGCUGGUGUACGCAGAUAUCCAUAAUCCGAGCCCGUAACGCUGUGCUUAAGUUGUCAAUAAUUACAUUGAACGUCCCUAUUUCGAACUUUCUGCUGCCACAUGUCCUGUUCUGCUACAAGCUUCGUUGAAGUGGAUCGAAUGCGUUCACACUAAUAGCUCUUAUCUACGCUAAGUGCCUUUGCCCUUACCUCAAAACUUGGAUUAUGGUCGCAGAGAUAUCACGAACCCGUCUAAGAAUUCUGCAAGUCCACAGCCGUUGACAGGUCUAGACCAGGUUUCUGGAGUGCAACAUUCGCCUUGUCGAACCGCUCCAAAAUUUGAAGCCACAACGUUGCCAUGAAUGCCGUUUCCAGCUUGGACAGCUUCUUUAGAAGAGACCGUUCUUCAAUGCGAGUGUCGCAAGUUUCUGCCUCCUCAUGCGAACGCACCGAAACGAAAGCGACGGCUGUCAAGAAGUUGCCCCGGCCGUCGGUUUUCGAUGACAACGUGGGCAGCAAGCACGCUCCAGUAACUUUUUUAAUUUUUCAAGUGGUCGAGUGGGACCCCUGAAAGUUGGGGGCCAGGGGCUGCAGCCCCCAUAGCCCCCACCUUAAUCCGGCACUGGGUCGACUUCAAGUAAAGCUACCGUAUAAAGCCGCCUCUGCGAUGUAACAGUGACUCGACGACGCUAUGAAGCACCUCCACCAGCGAUCAUGUGUCUGUGCCAUUACGGUACAUGAUAGACAAGUCACAAGAAUCUAUCGUCAGUGAUGCCAAUUGUUUAUUGAGCAAGCUUAGCUCCAAUGUUAAUCGAACAGAUAGCGCAUCGCAGAAAUGGUCUGUUAAAAGGCUUUAUCGUAUACACUAUGCUCCAUUUCGACCAUUAUCAAGCCCGUCCACGAGGUUUUCUCGAAACGUUGCGACUAACUACCGGUACUCAUAAUCGCAACGGUUCGAUAAAACGCCAAGCAUAUAGCCGCGAACGAACAAGUGGAUAUAUCACUGCGAAUGCGCAUUGCGCAGACCGAGCAAACGCAUCGCUCGUGUCGGCCAUGAUUCCGCAUUUUUAAUGCAGCUGUCUCGCGACACUUUUGCAAGUUGGGCGCAUUUGCAAACCUAUCUUUUAGUCACGUGACCUUCGUCACCUAUAUUUAUUUAGCCCGUGCGCAAACAGGCACCACAUCCUCAACGCGCACCACGGGGAGCUUCAGGAAAGCAUCGGUACCUAAUUCACAGACGUACGCCGUUUCCUUCGCGGGGUCCAAGUUACUAUGGGCAUUGAAAAAUGGCACCGUUACUAUAUUCGCCUGGGCCGAACGACUGUCCGUCAAUCUUUAUCGCUUCCUCGACAAUGUAAACCUCAGCCAGGAGUUGCAGUCGCGGUACGAGCAGCUUCUCCUGCGGUCCAACUUGAAUUGUCGCGGCCUUCGUUAUAUUCCCGCGCAAUGUCCUGUUUGCUUCGUGCUGGCGCGACCAAAAAGUCGUUUACACUGGCGCUGCAUCGGUGCCUGAGCGGCCGGUUAGACGCAACGCGAUUUCUUCGAUGCAGCGCACCAAACAAGCCUUGCCCAUUCGAUUCCCGACGAGAUUUCAAUGAGCAGCGUAUUUCGCAACACCAGGGUCUGCGUCGGCGGACGGACUCGACCGGUCUGCUUGUAAACGCGCCAGCAAAAGAAAAGUUUCUACAUACUUCGUGCGCAGCUGCAGGGGACCGCGAGGACACGCCUCGUUUGUGGAGGACGACCCAGACCCUACACGACUCGACGAAGACUUGCGCCAAGGUCGCCCUACCUCCGACAGGGCCGGCGCGAUGCAUGUCCGCUCAGUCGGACGGCGCGCCGCCGACGAGCUCCGCCUCUCCGACGCUGGAGCCUCACCUGUACGUCUCGUCCAACACGUUCCAGAAGCGCGACAAUCUGCUCGUCCUCGAUCUGCUCAACACGGCGUUCCGGCGCGCGCCCAGUGAAGACCAGCAGUUCCUGGACGUCGGCUGCGCCGUGGGCGACUUCACGCGCGACGUGCUGCUGCCUCGCAGCUCUCCUUGCUGGCGCAUCGUGGGCACCGACGUGUCGAGCGCGAUGAUCGCUUACGCGGAGCGCUACUUCGCGCAUCCGCGCGUCACGUACGACGUGCUGGACGUUUCCCGCGACGUGUCUCCGUUCGUGGAGCAGUACGGCCGCUUCCACCGCGUCUACUCCUUCUUCUGCCUACACUGGAUCCGCGACCAGGUGGGCGCUCUGCGCAACGUCCGCAACCUGAUGGCGCCCGAGGGCGAGUGCCUGCUCCAGUUCUGCGCGCGCACGCCCGUCUACACGCUGUGGAGGGACUUUGCCCACAUGGACCGUUGGAGGAGUCUCAUAUCGAACAUUGAAGACUUCAUACCGCCUAGCCAAGACGCAGAUGACCGGUUGUCCUAUCUGGAAAACAUUCUGGCCGCAUCCGCACUGAAGCCACACACCUGCGAAGUACUCCGGAAUGUGUGGACGUUCCCUAGUGAACAGCACCUUGCGGGUUCCAUUUCGGCCGUCCUGCCUGUGGCAGACGGUGUACCUGACCACGAGAAGCAGGAGCUGACUAAGGCUAUGUCGGCUGAGAUGCUGCGCCGCUGCCACAAGGGUCCAGCUGGGUUCAGUGCAGAGUUCGACGUAUACGUCGUACACGCCUCUCGAUCCACCGUUUGCCAUCCCACAAACUGAUUGACAGUGCAAGGCUGCUUGAGUUCGCAAGAGUGCGCCUUUGCACACCCUUGAUCGCAUCACUAGGGCACAUCUUUGUUUGCUGAGCACCAAUUAGUGUUGGUGUACGACAGGUUAAAUAUGCACACGUGGACCAUUGUAUUUAAAUGACGUGCUUCACCUGUUGGUUCAUGACAGUAUACCAUCGAGCCAGUUGUUCAGGGAUGAAUCCAUGACAUUCUCUGAAGCUCCCCUUUUAUCCCAGCUAUUCUGACCAAGCACAUAUUUGUGUGGCCUCUCAAAUAUCCCCUUUCGUCGGGGAAUUAGUCCUGGCCUUGCCAUUUCAUUAAACAAGAUGGGUGUCAUGACGCAUGCAUUCGGGAGUGUCGAAUGCCAGAGUUGUCGCAUACCACAGACUGUGACUGUGAUGUGCUACGGUGAAUAUGUUUACUUCCAUAUGGACCAGGCAUGUGCUUAUUCACUAUAGCCAGACGCAUUUACUUUCUCUGCCUAUCUAGUGCAAAUAAAGAAAGCAAAACCAGGGUCAUCUGGCACUGUGAUCUUUGGGUUGCUGUCUCUCAGUGCAAAAUUGGUGUCGCAACACUUUGCCAAGAAUCUAGCAAAUUCAGUCAACAUUUUAUACUUUUUUGAGGAAUUUUAGAGAACUACAGAAAUCCUUCUCAUCAGUGCUCAUGCAAUAUUGUAGGUGUUUUUUAGCUUGAGACUAUCGGCUACAAGAAUUGUGUGCAUAAUUCAAGAGAAUCAAGUUCUCUAUGAUGAAUUUAUUCAGACACGCACCUGUUUCAACAAAAUGAGCAUACCUAAGCACAUAGCCGACUCGCAUGUCUGCAUGAGAGGAAAGCUGUCCAUUGGCAUAA